GACCCGCCCGUAGCUCACGUGAUCUGUUCUUUGCGCCGCCAUCUUGGAGCUCCGGAUGAGGAGGGGGAAAGCGGGGGGUAAAAGAGGAAAGUAUCCGGGAGAGAGGUGGACGAGGGCGAGUACACGCCAGGGUCCUGGCUGGCCAAAAGAGGCUAGCGGAAGCAGCAGCCGCCGCCCGACCGCAGAUAUGGAAGAAAGCAGUGGUGUGGCAAUGUUGGUGCCAGAUACCGGAGAACAGGAAGCUGUAUUGACUGCCGAAGGUGUGAUCAGUCCUUCAUUGGAAGUUGAUGAACAAAGAAAACUUAAAGCAGAUCCAUUAAUCCAUGUUAUCCAGAAGUUAAGCAAGAUAGUAGAGCAUGAAAAGUCACAAAAAUGUCUUCUAAUUGGGAAAAAACGCUUGCGUUCGAGUGCUACAGCACACUCUUUUGAAACCCAAGAACUUUGUGAAAUUCCGGCUAAAGUAACCCAGUCACCUGCUGUUGGUAUUAGAAAGGCUGAGGUGUCACAAACAAAUUUUAUCCCUGACUGUCUUGCCCAGAAUGAUGGGAAGGCUAUGUCUUACCAGUGUGGCCUUUGUAAGUUUCUAUCAUCAUCUUUUUCUGUGUUAAAAGAUCACAUCAAGCAGCAUGGUCAGCAGAAUGAAGUGGUAUUUAUUUGCUCAGAGUGCCAUAUUACAUCCAGAAGCCAAGAGGCACUUGAAGCUCAUGUGGUAAAUGACCACAAAAAUGAUGCCAACAGUCACUCCCAAUCCAAAGCCCAACAGCACAAAAGCUCCUCGAACUCAUUAUGUCAGAGAACCACAGAAAGAAAUAUUGAAACCAUUCCCGACACCCCAGUAAAUGUGGACAGUCCACAAACUCAUAACAUCCAAACUGCAUCCAUGGCAGAAAUGGGUAGAAGAAAGUGGUAUGCAUAUGAACAAUAUGGUAUGUAUCGAUGCUUAUUUUGCAGUUAUACUUGUGGCCAGCAGAGAAUGUUAAAGACACAUGCUUGGAAACAUGCGGGACAAGUUGACUGCACCUAUCCAAUCUUUGAAAAUGAAAACGAGCCCCUUGGCUUGCUGGAUUCUUCUGUGUCUGCUGCACCGGGCGGGGUCGAUGCAGUAGUUAUUGCUAUUGGAGACAGUGAACUGAGUAUUCACAAUGGGCCAUCAUUACAAGUACAGAUUUGCAGCUCAGAACCAUUAUCAUCAUCAUCUCCUUUAGAACAGACAGCAGAAGGCAGAGUACACCUAAGUCAAUCAGUUACCCUUGAACCUAAUGAGGAAGAAAUACUAGAAGUUAUGUCCGAUUCAGAGGAGAAUCUGAUUGCUGACAGCCUACUUUCAUCAGCACAGAAAAUCAUUAGCAGUAGCCCAAAUAAAAAAGGUCACGUUAAUGUGAUAGUGGAGCGUUUACCAAGUGCUGAAGAAACACUUUCACAGAAACAGUUCCUCAUGAAUGCUGAAAUUGAGGAGGGCAAAAACCAGAACCCAACAGAAGUCCAGACUGAAUGUGAAAGAACAGAUGAUAUUUAUAAUGCUGAUAAAUGUACUGUUGAUAUCGGGGGAUUGAUUAUAGGCUGGAGCAAUCCAGAGAAGAAAGACGGUGAGUUAAUAAGUAAAGGCCUGGGUACUGACGAGAAUGCUCCUCCUGGCCGAAGAAGGACAAAUUCUGAGUCUCUUAGACUACACUCGUUAGCUGCAGAAGCCCUUGUCACAAUGCCUAUUAGAGCUGCAGAAUUAACAAGAGCCAAUCUUGGGCACUAUGGGGAUAUAAACCUUUUAGAUCCAGAUACUGGACAAAAGCAAGUAGAUAGUACAUUGGCAGCAUAUUCAAAAAUUAUGUCGCCUCUUAAAAACUCUUCAGAUGGAUUAACUAGUUUUAACCAAAGCAACUCUACCUUGGUAGCUUUCCCAGAGGGUAGACAGGAAUUGUCAGAUGGCCAAGUUAAGACAGGUAUCAGCAUGUCCUUGCUCACUGUCAUUGAGAAAUUGAGAGAAAGGACUGACCAGAAUGCUUCAGAUGAUGACAUUUUGAAAGAGUUGCAGGACAAUGCCCAGUGCCAACCCAACAGUGAUACAAGUUUGCUAGGGACCAAUGUGGUGGAAUAUAUCCCAAAUGCUGAACGGCCUUACCGUUGUCGCCUGUGUCACUAUACAAGUGGUAACAAGGGUUACAUCAAGCAACACUUGCGAGUCCAUCGACAGAGACACCCAUAUCAGUGCCCUAUCUGUGAACACAUAGCUGACAACAGCAAAGAUUUGGAGGGCCACAUGAUCAACCACUGCAAAACUAAAAUAUACCAGUGUAAGCAGUGUGAAGAAUCUUUUCCUUAUAAGAGUAAUCUGAGGAAUCAUGAGAGAGAGCAGCACAGCCUUCCAGAUACCUUGUCAAUAGCAUCCUCCAAUGAGCCAAGAAUUCCCAGUGAUACAACUGAUGGGAAGUGUGUUCAGGAAGGGAAUAAGUCUUCAACUCAGAAACAGUAUAGAUGUGACGUGUGCAAUUAUACAAGUACAACAUAUGUUGGUGUCAGAAACCACAGACGAAUCCAUAACUCUGAUAAACCAUACAGAUGUUCCUUGUGUGGAUAUGUGUGCAGCCAUCCUCCUUCUUUAAAGUCUCAUAUGUGGAAACAUGCAAGUGACCAAAAUUACAACUACGAACAAGUAAACAAGGCUAUUAAUGAUGCAAUCUCAAAAAGUGGCAGAGUUCUGGGGAAAUCACCUGGAAAAACUCUGUUAACCAGCAGUGAAGAAAGAGCUGAUCCUGUCACUGGAAGUUCAGAAAAUUUGGUGUCAUCCUCAGAGCUGAUUUCCCAGGUACCCGGUGAUGUCUUAGAUUCCCACGAGAAUGAGAAACUGAGCCCUACAAGUAAUACCUCAUACAAUUUAGAAAAAAACUCCAGUCUGGUCCCUCCAGGGAUGGAGUACUGCGUUUUACUCUUCUGUUGUUGCAUUUGUGGUUUUGAGUCAACCAGCAAAGAAAAUCUUUUGGAUCAUAUGAAAGAGCAUGAGGGUGAAAUUGUAAACAUCAUCCUAAGUAAGGACCAUAACACGACUCUAAACACCAAUUAGCCAGACUGAUUACUUGAAGAGGAUUUCCUUAAACCACAGUUUCACCAUUGUGCUGUCAAAUAACUAACUUACUAGACACAAGAAAUAGUAGGUGUGACUUUUGAGGAAAUGACAGAUGUGACUUUGAAACCAACUUGUCAUGUAACAAAAUGAAUUCCAAAUGGAGAAGCAGUAAUGGAAUUUAAAUAUUUUGAGUAAAAGGAAAUGGGUUGAAGAGGAAGUAAAUAUGUACCUUCUGUAUUAACCCUCUGUUACUGCUUGUUAGUGUUGAGUAUGUUUAUUAUUAAAAGCUUACUAUCCUUUAGAAAUGCAAGCAGCAAGAGUUAAGAAAGGGCUUUUCAGGAACUGUUAUAAAAGUGUCAAUCUUAAGCUAAGCUUAGUUCCCUUCAUGCUCACUUUUGCCAUACCAACACUAGAACAGAUAGGUCUUCUGGCAGCUCCUGGAAGGGCCUUUUGGGUGUCACCAACAGAAUCAACAAGGAAAUAGGUAGAGGGGUUUGAAGUGAUCUUCUUAAGUCUUUCCCUAACUUGACAGAAAUUUUUUAAUACUAAAUGUCAAUAUAUGUUCCUCUGUUCCCUAAAAUAGAGAUCUCUAAAUCAAAUCCAGAAUGUAGACAUUCAAGAAGUAAACAGUAGCCUUAAAUUUACAGUGAAAUUGUGAGCAUAGGAAGAAAUAGGUGCAUUCCCACCAGACUGAAACCAGAUCUGAAGCUCACAGAAAUUUUGAGCACAGUGUACUUCUCAAAGGCUCUUUUCAGUGUUUGAAAGAACACAACACAUUUCUCCAUAGUUACAUGGACCUUCUAAUUCUUCCUGCUGUGAGACACGCACACACCAUACCCCCACCACCCCACCCCCUGCUUAUCGUCUCAGAGGCUCUUAAAGCAACAAACUACAGAAAUUUGUAUUUGAUCAUCAGGCUUUGGAAAUAGUUUGAACUGUAAGAUAAAAAAUCCAAUGUAUGAUAAGGGAUGAAAUUCAAAAGCCUCUUAAAAUUAGUACUGCUUUUGAGAUUUUCCUUCCUGGAGUUUACUAGUUAUAUUUAGCAGAAGAGAAAUAACCAGAAGUAACUAAAAUAUAAUAAAAGUUCAGGUUGUUUAUACAAAUCUUAAUAAGCAAAUAGUAUUUGGCAAGAUUAGAAUUUCUGUCUAAAAAAUUCCACUGAUAGAAGGUGGUAGGACAUAUGGAAACCAACUAAAAGUGCUUUUACAUUCAGACUUCCCUUCAAAUACCUGUAAUCUUAUUAAUUAUACAUUUUAUAACUAUUUCAAAAGGUGUUUUUGUUGUUCUGAUCACUUAUUUAUGCAUUGCUUUGUUAAAGUAAGUUUUGCCCACAAGUCAAAAGGCUGAUGUACCAUUCACUGCACCUUUUUCACGGUGCUGUUUCUGAAUAUCUGAACAUUUUUGAAUAUUGACUUCUAACAUCUAGAGUUGAGGCUGGGACCCUGAUAAAUUUAGCACGUCAAAAGCAGUUUCAUGAAGAGAAUAUUGGGUAGACAUGUUUUAAGAAAGCAUUUUGUUCCCAAAGUCCAGGUAUAAAUUAAAUGAAGUAUUUCAAAGAUAGCACUACAAACUAUGUAGGCGAGGCCAGGCAUCUUGAAACAUUUUCUGAUUUUUUAGAAAAUUUGUAUCGUUUUGAUAAUGAUAUUUAAGCAGAUUACUAUAACUUUGCAGCUGUUUUGAUUUAGGUAGUUUAACUUAUUUGUAAAAGUUAAUCCAUUUCUGAUAUAUUGUCUUUAAAAAGAUAAAAUAAAUUUAUACAUACUAAAGUAUAUUCCCCAAGUCCACUAUAUGUGCAUUGAAAGAAAUCUUUACAUUUAACUUUAAAUUCAAAUAAAAUACUUAAAUAGUUCCAUUUUUAUCCCUCCUUUUGUUGGCACCUACAUUGUACAUCAGUUUUUCAUUGCCGGUAAAUAUGAUUCAUUGUUUCCUUAUAAAAAUCUGUUACUCUGAAAAGCAACAACCUUGGCUUUUAAUUCUCCUUGGCUUCAAUUUUAUGUAAUCAUUUGGAAAAUACUGAUAAUCAAAAAUUUCAACAGUGUGACAUUUUAAAUUACCUUUCUUAAUUUCUUUAGACCAUUUCCAUUUAUUGUUAUUUAAAUUUUCCAUUCGGAAUCAUGAAUUUAAAAUUCUCCUACCCAACGGCGAAAAAAUAACCCAGAAGUUCAAAGUUUAAUCUGAUUCUGGCUUUAGUGCUUUAGUGUAUCCUUAAAAUGUUCUCCUGGGCAAUAGGAGGAAUCAUGUACCAAGGACAUUCUGUAUUUUCCCAUUACAUUUUGUGGCAAGCCUUAAAGCAGUGUCUCUACCAAGAACAAUUGAUUUUUUAAAAGUAAUAAUGAAGAUUAAAUAUGCAAUUGUAAUUAUAGAAGAGAUUAGUUAUUAAAAUAAUUAGUAGGAAUUCUCUUUAUAGGAGUUACACUUUAUUAGUUGCUACUAGACCCUUUCUCACAGAAAGCUCAUACUAUUUGUUUUCUGCUCUGAACACUUUCACUUCUAAGAUUUGAUAGUGAAAAUAGUUUUUAAAAGAAAGUUACUGAAUUCUGCAAAGGUAAGAAUGAGAAGAUGAUGCAUCCUGAUUGUUAUAAAUAAUACUUUUUAGGGCUCAUCAUUUUCUCCCUUUCUCUUAACAAUCCAGAAUAUGAUUGGUGACCCCAGUGUUCCAACCGUUCCAUGCUUAUAUUCCAUUUGAUCAGUAGACUAAGAACUGUGGCUAGAGAGUGCAGUGUAGUGACACUGGCUGAAGCCUUUGUGACAUAUCUUUCAUUCUAUUCAGGGUAACUGUUGGUAGCUUUGUAAUUAUUUUGUCAGUUUUGUUCUCACAAAGCAAAUGGUGAGCAUCUAUGUUUACACUGUAUCUUCCUGUAGUGUACUUGGCUUGACAAAGACAAGCAGGCUUCUCUAUUGAGACAUAUAUUUUUAGUUUUCAUAGAUACUUAUUUAAUCAUUUUUUGUACAGCAAGGUGCUCUAAGUAAUAUUCUAUAAAAUAUAUUUAAUAGAAAUUUGAGUUUGAUAUUCAUGGACAUGAAUACAUGUAUUUUUUUAAGAAAUAAGUAUUGUGUAACACUAUGGCAUUGCUUCUAUAGCCAAAGUAUAAAAAUUUCUGCAACACUGACAUGUAAAGACUACAGUUAAUUCUGACACUGUAUGUUAUUAAAAUAGGAUAAUUUGCAUUUUGUAAAAUUAUCCUGCACAUCAAGCUGCAUGCCUUAAAGCCGAAACCCUAGAAUUGUGUUCAUGAUAGAACAGUUUAUCUGUUCAGACACUGAAGCAAGGUUUAUAGCACUUCUUUAACUACCUUUGGAAAUACUGUACAAUGUUAGAAUAAUUUAUUUUGCUUUACAGGAGUUUGUCAUGUAUUGACUUUAAUAUUGUAUUUUGGUAAUAAAUUUUUUGUUAAAAACA